CGCACAUAACAUGAAGCGGACGGGAUAGCGAGUGUGUUGACGGAUCUUAAGAAUGGCGCACUCUAACGGAUCGGAGGACUUCGAGGUGACACGGAUUAUCAAGCAGCGGAGAAACUACAAGGGUAAACUAGAGUACCUUGUCCGAUGGAAGAACUAUGGCAGUGACGAUGACACUUGGGAGCCCGUGGAGAACCUGCGGAACUGUAUCGACCUCCUGGAUGCGUUCAAUGAACGCAUCAUGCGGGAAAAGGGGCCCUUCUCUAAACCCUCCCCGCCACGCAAAAAAACAAGCUCUUCCAAGCAGAAGCACCUUAACAGCAUUACGAAUGAUGCCAAAAGUCGCGAGAAAAAGGAUUUCAAGGUAUCCUCAAAGAAUGUUGACAGAUUUCAACUUAAGAGGAAAAACCCAUUUCAGGAUGAGUGCAAGGUUGUUAUUAAGAGGGAGAAGAUUUUGGCUAAUGGAGACCCACAUUCAAUGUAUAAUGGAGUAUCCGUGCUGUCAGAUGAGCUAUCGCCCCACUCUGUGUCAUCCUCCACUUCAGCGGCUUCCUCAACCGACGUCAAGAUUUCCGGCUUGACUAACGUCAAAAAGUUCCACAGGUCCAGGUCCAUGUCCUACGUUGGCCAUGAAAAUUCUAGGACGUCAGAUAGUAACAGCAGUGAUGCGGGCAAAAGGCGCAGGGUAAACAGUCUUCUCAUUGGAAGUGGUGAUCUUCUGAACACAGGUAAAUCUGUGGAGAUGGCUAGCACCACCCCUCCCAGCACCCCAACAAGUAGUGAAGUCCGACUGAGCCUGACCCCUCUACUAACCCCUGUCAUCAAGCUCCACGACCUGAAAGCUGGGAGCAGCAUCAAGCUGCCCUCUCCCACAUCCCUCCUGUCCACCGAGAAGUUCCUCAGGGCAAGGCUCAACCGUAAGGACCGGGACGUUGCAGAUAAGGUUGCUGGGAAUUUUUCCUUCCGGAGAUUUUCGCAGUCCAGUCUGAGCAGCGAAGAUGAAGACGAAACAGAGAGACGGUUCAGCCUCAGGCAGUGUGACAAUGUGUUCAAGUACAAGGAGAUCGUCGUAAAGAGGCACCCAGGGUACACCCAAGUUUGGUUUUUUACCAAUUCCCCGUCAAAGAAUGCACUCAACAUCAAGGCUUUACAGGAGCUCACAGAUAUCUUGGAGAAAUCUGGCAAAGACGAAACAAAGGUACUGUUGCUCACAGGAUCAGGGAACGUAUUCUGCACUGGAUUGGAUCUAGAGAAGUUGAUCGAGUCUGACCACAGGAAAAAAUAUGCCAGACAUUUGGCAGAGGCAUUAAGGGUGUUCAUCAACACCCUGAUCAACUUCCCCAAGGUCAUUGUGGCAGCUGUCAAUGGCAGGGCUGUGGGUCUAGGAGCUGCCAUCCUUCCCCUGUGCGACAUCGUCUACAGUAGCGACAAGGCAGAAUUUCACCUGCCUUAUGCAGCCAUGGGCCAGCCCCCAGAAGGCUGCUCUUCAUUUUCCUUCCCCAACGCCAUGGGUCUUCCUGUGGCAUGCGACCUCCUGUAUAGUGGACGGAGGAUGACUGCCCUGGAGGCUUGCGCAUCUGGCCUGGUCUCCCAGGUGCUGUGGCCAACCAGCUUCAUGAGUGAGGUCAUUCCAAGGGUCAAGGUCAUUUCCAACAAUUCAUGCAAGGGUCUGCAAAUGACAAAGUCCUUGGUCCGGAGUCACCUGAAAUCCAAGCUGGAGUUUACCAAUGAGAGCGAGUGUGCAGCCCUCCAAGACAGGUGGUGUAGCUCGGAGUGCACGAAACUCAUCCGCAAGUACCUGGAACAAAAGUGAGCGGCAAGGCUUCUCCCUUGUGGAUAUUAUCAUCCCGGGGAGCUAGAAGCUCAAGGGUUUGCAGGAGGUAGCCACAGUGAGUGUUGGGAUGUAAGGAGAGAACCUGGACAGUACCUGGACCUUAAGUGAGUGGCACAACUUCUACCUCCAUGGAUUUCAGGAGCUCAGGCAAUACACUACUAGUUGGAGAUCCAGCAUAUGAGCAUUGAAGACAGAUCCUCGACUUUGAGUGACUUCUUCCCCGUGGAUUUGAGAAGAUAAGGCAGUUCGUUGUUAUGCAGAAAAUUAAAAGUGAGUGUCAAGUUUUAGAGUGUCACGAUUUUGAGGUCCUGGAUAGUACCUUAAAUGAGCGGCACAGCUUUGUCUCUGUAGGUAUAAGGGCCUGGAAUUGUAUCGCUGGAGGUAGCCAAAGUGAGGGUCUGGAUUUAAAAUUAUUGCCAUUACAGAGACUUAAUGCAAUACUGUGGAUUUCUGAGCUGAUGCAAAGCCUUCGAAUAUUUGUUAAAGUAAUUUGCUGUUGUGAAAUGAUGGAGAUAACCAUGAAGGUUUUCUGUAGUCGCAGAUAGUUUCUGGAGUAAGAGAUUCCUUCUCAUUCUGUCGUUACAUUUAAGACGGCGAAACAGUUUGUGUUGUGGAGUUGCAAAUAAAUGUAUGUUUGUGGAAAAUUAACCAAAAAAAACACUUGUAGACAGUGGGAAGCCAAUCCCUUACCAGGGGAUAUGUAUAUUUUCUAAUAAAAUGAAGACGUAUCAAAUAGUGAUUUGUUCACAAGUUGACUUGGUGUCGAGCAGA